CGCAGAUCGCGGGCGGCGGGUCAGCUGACCUGAGCGGCCAGAGCGCCGACUUGGGCCUCUUGCUUGGGUCCUGAGUUGCCGCAACUAUGGCCAGCCAGUCACAGGGGAUCCAGCAGCUGCUGCAGGCCGAGAAGCGGGCCGCCGAAAAGGUGUCCGAGGCCCGCAAGCGAAAGAACCGGAGGCUGAAGCAGGCUAAAGAAGAAGCCCAGGCUGAAAUUGAACAGUACCGCCUGCAGAGGGAGAAAGAGUUCAAGGCCAAGGAAGCUGCGGCACUGGGAUCUCAUGGCAGUUGCAGCACGGAGGUGGAGAAGGAGACCCAGGAGAAGAUGACUAUCCUCCAGACCUACUUCCGGCAGAAUAGGGAUGAAGUCCUGGAUAACCUCUUGGCCUUCGUGUGUGACAUCCGGCCAGAAAUCCAUGAAAACUACCGCAUAAAUGGAUAGAGCAAGAGCGAAGUGCUUGUUCUGUGGGCUGGCGUGGGAGAUGCCUGCAUGGAGUAUGGAGCACUAGCAAAGCUGCAGUUCUGGUCUUAGGAAAGGCAUUAAAUUAUUUCUGUAUGCUAUAAUAGGUCCCUUUACUUUUUGCAGAGUAGAUUCUUUGUACAAACUUGGUUCUUACCCAAAAGUUUCCUCUUUUUACCUCAUGUUUCUUAGAGAUUUAAUGAGAUACGUUGUUUGUCUUCUUAUGCUUUUUAGCUCAGGCAACAUGAGUCAAUGUGGAUUUUUUUCUUUCUUAGAUCUUAUAGGAACAAAAAAAAGAAAAAUAAUUCUUUGAAGAAAGAAAGGGAUUAAAUAAUUUUUUUCCCUUAUACUUUCUUAAAGGUCAGGGGCUUUAUCUAUGAAAAAGUAGUAAAUAGUUGUUUGUACCUUGUACUCAGCAGCAGCUAGCCUUAAAGUAGUUCAUUCUGGCUAAGUGUUAAAAUAAUGAAUGCUAGUAUACUUAUUUGGGCUGCUGUUAGCUUAUCUUAAUCAAAAUUACUAGAUGAUAGUAUUAAGAACUUACUGUAUGUUAUUUGGUGUACUGAUACUCAUUUUAAAAGUAAAGAUUCUGUCAUGCAUUUGACCCCUCGGGUUCAUCCUUUUUGAUAAUUCAAAGUCUACUUUGAUCCAGAUGUUUUGUAAAAUUUCACUUAGGAAUUCAACACAUGUAUCACAUUUGCAUCUAUAAUUAGAAAAUGUGCAAGGUAUGCCUUUUAACAGGAAGAAAAUUGUUUGUGAUUUCACCCUGUAACUAUGUUUGAAAAGUGAUAAGCAACUAAGGAGUCUUUGGUUUGCCUGUUUUCUACAGCACCUUCUAUUGGGGAGCCAAUUGGGCAAGUUACAAGCAGUUUUCCUUCCUGUUGGUCAGGAAAUGUGCAGAAUAUCUACAGUAACUUCACACUAUGGCCUCUAUAGGAUGGUGGUUGCAGGACAGUUUCUGGUGGGUAGAAACAGUUGGAAGAGAUCAUUAGGGGAUUUCCUUGCUUGUUCUGAAAUAAUGUGAGACAAGUAGAUGGUUUUUAUUAAAAAUCUUAUUUAUAUGCCUCAAGGAUGGUUUGAACUUAG